CACACCGUGCACUAGGCUCUCCCCUCUCCCCAUGGCAGCUGUGAGAGUAGCAGCUGCGAUGCUCGGUCGUCUUCUGCUCCUGCCCCUCCUGCUAGCCGUCGCUUCCGACGCCUACGAUGGAGGCGGCCAGCCGCCGAUCAGCCGGAGAAGCUUCCCCGAAGGGUUCAUCUUCGGGACGGCCUCGUCGGCAUAUCAGUAUGAGGGUGGUGCAAUGGAGGGGGGCAGAGGACCAAGCAUCUGGGACACCUUCACCCAUCAGCACCCAGAUAAAAUCGCCGACAGGAGUAACGGGGACGUUGCAGUGGAUUCCUACCAUCGUUACAAGGAAGAUGUGCGCAUCAUGAAGGAUAUGGGUGUGGAUGCCUACAGAUUUUCCAUAUCCUGGACUAGAAUUCUUCCAAAUGGAAGUCUGAGCGGUGGAGUCAACAGAGAAGGCAUCAGAUACUACAAUAACUUGAUCGAUGAGCUUCUGUUGAAAGGUGUGCAGCCAUUUGUGACACUUUUUCAUUGGGACUCGCCCCAGGCAUUAGAAGAUAAAUAUGGAGGAUUCCUUAGUCCUAAUAUUAUAAACGACUAUAAGGAUUAUGCUGAGGUUUGCAUCAAGGAGUUUGGCGAUAGAGUGAAACACUGGAUCACAUUCAAUGAACCCUUGAGCUUCUGUUCAACAGGGUACGCAUGGGGCACAUUUGCACCAGGACGGUGCUCGCCAUGGGAGCAGGGCAAAUGCAGCAUUGGGGAUUCUGGAAGGGAGCCUUACACUGCAUGUCAUCAUCAAAUACUAGCGCAUGCAGAAACAGUCCGAUUGUAUAAACAAAAAUACCAGGCAGUGCAAAAGGGAAAGAUCGGAAUAACUUUAGUCACAAAUUGGUUUGUUCCUUUCUCCCGUUCAAGAUCCAAUGAUGAUGCAGCGAGGCGUGCCUUGGACUUCAUGUUUGGAUGGUUUAUGGAUCCCCUUAUUAGAGGACACUAUCCACUAAGCAUGAGAAGAUUGGUCAGAAAUCGCUUGCCACAGUUCACAAGUGAGCAAUCCAAGCUGGUCAAGGGUGCAUUCGACUUCAUCGGACUCAAUUACUACACUACAAACUAUGCUGCUAACCUUCCCCCAUCAAAUGGCCUUAAUCUCAGCUAUAGUACAGAUUCUCAGGCAAACCUUACCGGUGUGCGAAAUGGUGUGCCCAUAGGCCCUCAGGCUGCUUCAUCUUGGCUCUACAUUUACCCCCAAGGAUUCCGUGAUCUGCUACUCUAUGUCAAGGAAAACUAUGGCAAUCCUACUGUCUACAUCACUGAAAACGGAGUUGAUGAAGUCAACAACAAGAGUUUACCACUCCAGGAAGCCCUGAAGGACAGCACCAGGAUAGAGUACUACCAUAAGCAUCUCCUUGCCCUACAAAGUGCUAUAAGCGACGGGGCGAAUGUGAAAGGCUACUUCGCGUGGUCGCUGCUGGACAAUUUCGAGUGGGUGAAUGGCUACACGGUCCGAUUCGGGAUAUACUUCGUGGACUACAGUGACGGACUGAAGCGGUACCCCAAGAGCUCCGCCCACUGGUUCAAGAAGUUCCUCAAGAAAUAAGUAUGUGUGCAUGGACGAGAGCCGCCGGGCAGGCGCGAGAGUGUUAGCAACUCAGGGCGCUCCCAAUGCCUAGCUAUUAUGAUGUGGACAGUGAAAAAUUAAAAGAGAGUAGUCAGUAGUCACUAGCGAUGAAUAAAUAGUUGAUCCAUUUCACGCAGUCCAAGAAUUUAUAAGAGAAACACGUGGGUCCAAUAGUAUAUAAAAAAAUAAAAAAUAUAUAAAAUAAUCUUUGCUUUUAUUUCUCACCUCCAUAUUAGCUAGUUACGUAGCUAAGACCAUUGCGGAUGCCCUUAAGGCCAAUUUUUGUGCGGCGUUUGGUCUGGCCUAGGCUGUAUGGCUGUGUAAUGUGUUACAGUAAAUUGUCUCACCGAUAAGUGUGUUCACUGUUUGUAGACAUAGAAAAUUUAAUCGAACCACUUAUAAGAGUUGUAUUUAACCAUCUGUUA